AUGCCCAUUUACUCAAAUCUCUACUCCAAUCUCGCACGCCAGGGGUUCGCCAAAACAUUUCACCACGGAUACGCCCAGUCACUCGUUGCUGCGACACACCCGUCCUCCUACCCGAACCAGCACAACCGCAGCGCGUUCGCUCGUCGCCACAACAGUGUUGGGAAGCUCCACAGCUACCGCUUCAAGAAUGCUUUCCACACCAGCGUAAACGCCUCGUCGGCGCUCACCCUCCAGCAGGAUGCGCGGCCAGAGAGACACAACACCAGCGAUGCGGGGCUAGACGCCUACUUCGAUGCCUGGAAGAAGCAGCACCCCGUCGGGGAGCCGGAGAAGGAAUGGACACAAUUCCAGUUCGCCAAGCGGAUUGAGUGGAAGCCUUCGGUUCCAGAGGUCGAGGAGGGAACUGCAGAGGCAGUAGUCGCGAGCUAUGAGAAUCAGCGCCCGGGCUUGGAGAGAUCCCAAAGCACGGGCGACCUUGAUGGCCUCCGGAAGGCUCGCAGCGACACAUUCGUUUCAGUCGAGGGAUCGGGCGCCGUUACCCCGAAGGUCGCGCAGCAGAUUAGAGACCUACAUAUCAAUGGAUUGGAGCAGGUUGCUUCGGGGCUCCUUACACCUCCCAUGAGCCUCGAGGACUUCCGCCGUUCCCCAUUGUCAACCAGCUCGGUCACGACAACCUCGGACCUCCAGUCCCAGAGCUACGCUGAGCACCUCACGAAGCUCUCUCAAUCCCAGCGUUAUGCCGAGAUUCCCGCCGUUUUCGAGUCCAUGCUUGUUGCUGGCAUCAAGCCAGUUGCGGACUCGUACAACGCGCUUCUCGACGCUGCUAUCCACCUGCCUGCCGAAAGGAUUCAGGUGGUGCCCAAGGCUCUCGAUGUCUACUCGGACAUGCUUCGCCGCAAGGUGGCACCCACCACUGCCACCUACAACACCCUCAUCAACCUUCUUGCCUCCAGAUCUCUCGAGGUCAACGAUUCCAAGAAGAUGUUGGAGGAGAAGCGUGCCCGCUUCGGCGGCAUGGAACAACCCGACAAGUUCAUGCUUGCAUCCAGCGAGAUGGAGUUCGACAUCUUGUCCGAAGACGACAGGCUCGAUUUUGCCGUCAAGAUGUUCGAUAUGUCCAUGAGGACCAACAAGGACCGCACUUACCCAGCAGAGACAUACUUCAAGCUCAUUUCAGCUUGCGCUGAGGCUGUGCGUGUCAACGACAUGGCGCGCUUCUACGAGGACAUGGAGUCAAAGAAGGUUAUUCCUUUGGCUGCCACGUUCCCAUCGAUGAUCAAGGGAUACGCAGCUUCCCGGGAUCUCACCAGCGCCGUUGAGUGCUACAACGAGUACAAGGACAUUGCUGUUGCAGACAACUACGGACUGGUGGAACUUACUGACCGCCAAGACGCAUUUGUCUACGCUGCUGUUGUGAAGGCGUACGUCGAUUCCGACAAACUUCCCGGAGCGAUCCGCUUUUACGAGAAGAUUGUUGAGUCAUCAAGCGCAAAGAACUCUGCGGUGAAGGACAUAAUCGUGUCGCAUGGACUUGUUCAAGGGCUGCUUGACAGCGGCGUUCACGCCGAAGCUCUUAAGUGGGCCCAAUGCUUGAGCUUGGCACCCAAGGCCUCCGCUAUGGGCAAGAUCGCUGCUUCUGCCGCCGAUGCUGGUAACAGCUCGGUUGCUCUUUCAGCGUUCGAGAACGUUCCUCUCGACAGCCAGGAUGUUGCGGCUCCAGCCAUGGCCCUGCUCGCUCUUAGCGUCCGCUCUGGAAACGUCGCUGAGGCCUCCAAGUACUGGCAGAUUCUGUCUGCCCCUGGAAUGGCCAUUUCGGCUUCAUUCAUUGAGCCAACGGCCAUGUAUGCCAUCAGCAUGAUCGGAUCUGGACAGGCUGCUCUGGGACUCUCCCAGGCAGAGCAGAUGUUCCAGCGCAUCAGGGGAUCUGCCUCUUCUCAGCCAUCGAUUGCGGACGAGGUGGAGGAGGGCAUGCUUCUGGUGGAGCAGUUCAUGGGAAGGCGCGGCAUUGUUGACCCCCGUACCAUCGAGCCACCUGUUGUCUACCAACAGCCGUUCCCAACCCAUUUCCAGGCGCCAGUUACCAGGCCAUCAUUCGAGGACUCGUUUGAUCCUUACGCUGCUUCUACCGACUUCAAGGGCUCGUCUCUCAUCGCCGAUGAGCUUGAGAGGGGACUUACCUCACGCGCGAAGGUGUCUCGCCUCAAUGAGGCAUUGAAUAGGUUCCGCAACAUUAGACGCGCUGGUCGCCACCCCCGCUACAUCACUUACGCCAAGCUGAUUUCGGCUGCUGCGAGAGAGGAGCGCACCAACCUAGUCCACGAUAUUCUCGGCAUGGCUAGGUCUGAUGUCCCACUCCUGACCCAGUACCCUGUUGUCAGAUACGGAUGGGUGUCGAUUCUGGAUGCCAUGGUCGGUGCCUGCCUCACGCUCGGUAACCGCACUUUGGCUGCCCAGUUCCACCAGGAGCUCCUCGAUAUGGGCGCUGCACCGACCGCGAACACUUUCGGUCUGUACAUCACCACUCUCAAGGAGUCUACCAAGACCUUCGACGAGGCUUCCGAGGCCGUGAAGAUCUUCCACCGCGCCAAGUCUGAGGGCGUCGAGCCUUCUUCAUUCUUGUACAAUGCUCUCAUUGGCAAGCUUGGAAAGGCCCGCCGCAUUGACGACUGCCUCUUCUUCUUCGCCGAGAUGCGCUCAUUGGGCAUUCGUCCCACAAGCGUCACCUACGGGACCAUCGUCAACGCCCUGUGCCGCGUCAGCGACGAGAAGUUCGCCGAAGAGCUGUUCGAGGAGAUGGAGUCGAUGCCUAACUACAAGGCCCGCCCCGCCCCCUACAACAGCCUGAUGCAGUUCUUCCUCACCACCAAGCGCGACAAGAGCAAAGUGCUCAUGUACUACGAGCGCAUGAAGACCAAGGGCAUCCAGCCUACGAACCACACCUACAAGCUCCUCGUCGACACCCACGCCACCCUCGAGCCAAUCAAUAUGGCCGCCGCCGAGGCCGUCCUGGACGUCAUCCGCAGCACCGGACAGAAGCCCGAGGCUGUCCACUACGCAUCCCUCAUCCACGCUAAGGGAUGCGUCCAGAACGACAUCGCUGGCGCCCUCUCGGUCUUCAACUCCGUCUCCGCUGACUGCUCCAUCCGCCCUCAAGCUUGCGUCUAUCAGGCCCUUUUCGAAGCUCUGGUCGCUAACCACCGCGUCGCGGAAACCGAGCCGUUCUUGCAAGCCAUGACUGCGCAGCGAGUCGAGAUGACGCCGUAUAUCGCCAACACGCUCAUCCACGGCUGGGCGAACGAGGGGGACUUCGCGAAGGCUAAGGCGGUCUUUGAUGUCGUCGGAAGGGAGAAGCGCGAGCCUAGCACAUAUGAGGCUAUGGCCCGUGCGUUCCUGGCUGCGGAGGAUAGGCCGGGGGCGAUGGCUGUUGUGCAGGAGAUGCUGAGUAGGGGGUACCCGAACGCGGUGUCGGGAAAGAUCCUGGAGCUCGUUGGGGGGGGGCGUGGGGAGGUGGCCUGA